UGAUUUGCUUUAAAACGUUUGUUUUUAAAAUCAUUAUUCAUUUAUUAAGUUUAUUUUGUGAUACAUAGUACUGUUAAUUAUUCUUAAAUGUUGAUUUUUCGAUAGUAUUUUUAGUUAAAAUGUAAUGGAUUAAUUUAAGAUUCCGAUAUUUGUACCUGUAGUAUAUACGUGUGUAAAUUCAGUGAUAUCAUUUUUUAAAGUUUUGUUAAAAUCUAACCCUUGCAAUCAUGUCUCCUCCAAUAAGAGGUUUAUCACAAGAUUCUAGGGAUUCUUUGUUGCAUCAGUUGCAGAAAUUCAUUUCAUCUGAUACAAUAUCGUAUACAUUUCCAUCUUCAUUGACAUCAGAAGAACGUAAAUACUUGCACUUAAAAAGUGCUGAACUUGGAUUAAAAUCUAAAAGCUAUGGAAAACCUGGUCAACGAUCAAUUACUAUUAAAAUGGAUAAAAAAAAAGUCAAUAGUAAGGCUUGUAGUAUAGAAAUAUCGGCAGUUUCAAAUGAUAUAAUGAAAAAAAUUUGUGAUUAUGUUCCUAUUACUAAACAAAUGUAUGAUGAAUUACUUCCUAAUCCCAUGAAACCAUAUCGACGAAUGGCAGUUGCCAAUUGUAAACGAAAUCUUCCUCUCAUGUGUGACAAGCCAAUGUCUAUACCUCGUUUUGCUGUUGAUGAAGAUUUAUUAUUAACAAGAAAAGCUUUACCAAUAUGGGCAAAAAAAGGACAAAUAACUAAUGCAAUUGAGAAUAAUCCUGUUGUAAUCAUUACAGCUGAGACUGGAUCUGGAAAAACCACUCAAAUUCCACAAUUCAUAAUUGAUGAUAGCGCUGCAAAAAAUAGACCAUGCCGGGUUAUAUGUUGUCAACCAAGAAGAAUUGCAGCUAUAUCAAUGGCUGAUAGAGUGUCCAACGAGCGUGGAGAAAGUAUUGGAAUGAGUACUGGUUAUCAAGUUAGACUAGAAAGCUGUGUUAGUCAAGAUACAACAAUUAUAUAUUGUACGACUGGUGUUUUGACAAGGACACUUAUGGAUCGGCAUCAAAAAGACAAUGAACCUAACAAAGGAAUGUUAAUGAAUGUUUCCCAUGUAAUAGUAGAUGAAGUUCAUGAGCGUGAUAAACAUGUAGACUUUCUUCUUAUAGCAUUGCGUAUGAUUUUACCAAAAUAUAGCCAUUUGAAACUUAUUUUAAUGUCAGCUACAGCAGAUAUACAUUUGUUUUCAAAUUAUUUUGACAACUGUCCUGUAUUGAAAGUGGAAGGAAAAAUUUUCCCUGUGCGAGAUUAUUUUUUAGAGGACAUUUUAGACACAAUUAAAUAUGAGUCUCCAGCAAUGGCAAGAAUAAAAAAUAAAACUAAAAUUGGUUAUUGGGAUAAUGAUAUUGUAGAAAAAACUGUUGAAGCUGUUCAAAAUUUGAAUCUUAUUGAACCAAUUACUACAUUGAUGCCUGAUCAAGAAUGGUUAAAAUCAGAAUUAGAUGAUUGUAUGCACCAAAUUUGGUUCAAUGCUGAAAUUGAGCAAAUUGAUAGAAUGAUUUAUUACAUUAUGUCGGAAGGAAUUCCAGUAGAUUAUCAACAUUCAGAUACUGGUGUAACUUUAUUGAUGCUUGUAGCAGUUCAUGGAUUAAAUGAUUAUGUUACUACAUUAUUAAACAUGGGUGCUAAUCCAAAUAUACGAACAAGGGUAUACAAUAUGGAUGCAGCUACUUGGGCAGCAGAAUUUAAACAAUUUGAUACUAGAGAUUUAAUAAUUAACAACAAAGGCAUUCUUGCGCAAACAGAUAUCCAAAAAAAUGAAAAUUUGGAUGAAGUAGAGAUUAAAGAAAGACUAGAAUUAUAUAAAAAAAGUUUACCUCCUAACAUUAUAAUUGAUGCUUAUUUAAUUACCUAUCUCAUAAAACAUAUAAUUUUUAAAAAAAAUGCCGGUUCUAUUUUAGUCUUUUUGCCUGGGUUUGAAGAUAUGUCUAUGGUUAAUAAAGUUAUUGUUGAAGAACUUAUUAAUAAAGAUAAUUUAAAAAUCACAAUUUAUAUGUUACAUUCUAUGAUGCAGACAUCCGAUCAACGCAGAGUUUUUCAACCAGCGCCUAAAGGUCACCAAAAAGUUAUAUUAGCAACUAAUAUUGUAGAAACAAGUGUUACAAUUAAUGAUGUUGUAUAUGUGAUUGAUUCAGGGAGAGUAAAACAAAAAGGUUACAAUGCUUUUAACGGUAUUAGUUGUAUGAAUGUUAAUUGGAUAUCCCAAAGUUGUGCAAAACAAAGAGCUGGUCGUGCUGGAAGACUAUGUGCUGGCGAGUGUUAUCGCCUUUAUACGAGAGAGCAUCAUUGUCACAUGGCAUCUCAUGAUGUACCUGAAAUUCUUAGAAUGCCUCUACAAGAACUUUGCAUGUUAGCAAAAGUGAUUUCCAAUAAUAUGAGAGUAUUAGACUUUUUAGCUUUAGCUAUACAACCACCACCGACAUUAUCAGUUACAUCUGCUCUUGAAUAUCUAAAGACAAUAGAAGCAAUGGAUGUGAAUGAAGACUUAACCGAUCUUGGAUUUUUUAUGUUAGAUUUAUCUAUUGAAUCUCAUUAUGCUAAAUCACUAGUAUUUGCUAUAUUUUUGAAAUGUCUGGAUCCUGUAUUAACUAUAAUUAGUUGUUUAGCUAAUAGAGAACCAUUUAACUUAACUCUUAAUGUAAACAUGAAGACUUCAUUAGGAUCUAUCCGUAAGAAAUUAGCUGGUGAUUCAUUAAGUGAUCAUAUAGUUCUCUUGCGCCUAUAUCAAGCUUUUAAUGAAGGAAAUAUGGUUGAUAGUGAUUUAUUUAACCUUGUUUCACAAUCAAUUAUGGGAUUAAUUACACAAACAAGAACUCAGUUAUUAGGUCAGUUAAGAGCAUUAGAACUAAUUCAGACUCGUGCUGGACCUAAUGAUAUAAGGGAUGUAAAUAUUAACUCAAAUAAUUGGGCUGCUGUUAAAGCUUGUUUAUUAGCUGGAUUGUACCCAAAUUUGGCUAAACUAGAUAAAUCUAAUCCAAGACCAAUUUUGAAAACAAAGACAGAAAAAAGUGUCAUUUAUCACGGAUCAAGUGUUUUACGUGAAAAUUAUGUUAAAGAUUUACCAUCGGAUUGGAUAAUAUUUGAAGAAUUGAGUUCUUUCAACACUAAAAAAUUUAUAAAAAACUGCACAGUAGUAUCAUCUAUGUCAGUGGCACUUUUUUCUAGUGCUAUGAAAUUACCUCAAGAUUCAGUUCAAACAGGAGGUAAAUUAAAUAAACCUCAAGAAUUGGUUAAUACAGCUGGUGAUGAUAGUGAUGAUAGUUAUGAAGAAAGUGAAGACAAUUUAGGAACGUUAAACUUGGAUGGUUGGACUAGUUUUGUUGGAAGUUCAGAUGAUAUUGCAAAAAUAUUAAACAUGCGAUUAUGUCUUACUUUAGCUUACCGCGAAUUUCUUAAAAAUAAAAUGAUCUCUCAACAUAGUUCCUUUAGUAGUGUUGUUCAAUCAGUUGUUAAAAUAUUAUCUAUCGAAGAUAACGCUAUAGGGUUGGAGGCUCCAGAUGAUGUUGGUAAACGUCCAAAAGAAAAUAGUAAUAAAGGUCGCCAUAGCAAAAAUAAUGACAGUUCUUCAUUUUCUUCUUUUCGCAAAUAUCCAUAUGUUCAACACUCUCAAAAUAAAAGUUAUUCAGAUAGCAGUUCAAGUUUUAGGACAAGUAGAAAUAGUUAUAACAUGCCCAAUAAUAGAGGUACAAGUAAUAGACAUUAUCAACAGAAUUAUUCAACUCCAAGUACAUCUCAGGUUAACAAUAACUACAAAUGGUAAUAAUAUAGACUUAAUUUUUAUUUAAAAACAGUAUUAUAUUAUAAUAAAUAUAACUUUAAUACCUACAUCAAUGUAGACUUUUUUAACAAUAAUAAUUUAUUGUUAUUUUAUUUUAAGUAUAAUAAAAUACUUUUGUUAUUUAGUUUCUUACAACAUAAUCUAUAAGUAUAAGUAACUAAUUAUUUUGUUUUAAAAACUUCUUAAAAAAAGAUAUGCUCCAAAAUAAAUUAAUGAGUUUAUGAUUAAUUUCAUCAUUUGCUGAUUUUCUUCAUUAAAUAUUAUUUAUUUAUUAUAAAUCAAUUAUUUUUAAUUAAAAUGUUUAGAUUUUUAAUAUAAUACUUUUUAUAAAUAUGUAAUAUGUUUAAAAAUAUUUAUUAAUAUAGUAAAUGUUAUUAAAUCAUUCACAUAUACGUUUAAAUUGGUUUAAAUUGCCAUUAGUCCUAAUUAAGGGUGUGUGAUAUUUUUUCAAUGAUUUUUGGAAAUCAUUUUAUAAUAUAUGUUUUACGACAAAUUUAGAUCUUUUGUAGUAUAAACAUAUUUUAUUAUCAUUACUAGUUAAUAUGUGAUAUUGUUAAUAUUAUUUUUUAAUUAAACUUUUUUCUAUUUAUGUUAAUAUUUAAUGACCCACAAGCUUAUAGUUAAUACUAUAUGAGAUGAUUAUUUUCAAAGUACUUAAAGAUUUAAAUUUGUAUUUAUUGUUAUUAAUAUUGGUGUUUUAUGGGUUUUUGGAAAAUUUUGUAUUUUGUGAUAUUUAAAGUAUUCAUUUUUAAUUAUGUUAAAAUUUUAAAUGUUAAAUGCAUUAUAUUAUGAUCAGUAUGAUCAGUUUAAUAUUGUUAUUAUAUGUACACUAUAUAGUAUUACCAAAGCAAGAGUUUGUUUAAUAAUCAAUAAAAUAUUUUUAAUAUGUUAAAAAUAUUUUAUUUUUGUUGUUUACUACUCUUUAAAAUUAAGUUAUUCAUUAAUAUUGUAAUAACACUUACAUAUUAAAAUAAAAUUGUAAAUCAUUUAAGUUUUUAUGUUAUCUUAUGUAUAUUAAUUAGUGGUUCUGUAGCUUUUAAAUAAAAUAAUAUAUUUUUAA